AUGAGCCUCAAGCCGAUCAAGCUGUACUGGAGGAACCAGGUUCCCAACCCCUCCAAGGUUUUGAUCAUACUCGAAGAGCUGAACCUCCCCUAUGAAUCCUCCUGGGUCGAGCUUGAAGGCCUCAAGCAGAAGCCGUUCACGGAUGUGAACCCAAAUGGCCGCGUCCCCGCCAUCGAGGAUCCAAACCAAGGUGUCACGCUUUGGGAGUCUGGCGCAAUUGUCCAGUAUUUGAUCGACACGUACGACAAGGACAACAAAAUCUCGUAUAGCAGCUUCCCUGAGAAGUACCUGACUCAGCAGUGGUCGUAUUUUCAAGCUUCAGGCCAAGGCCCUUACUUUGGCCAAGCCGCAUGGUUCAAUCUAUUCCACGAGAAUGUGUAUGGCGAGUCUCCAGAGUCAGCCAAGGUCCGCUACGGCGCCGAGGUCAAGCGCGUCGCUGGCGUGCUCGACGGCGUGCUGGCCAAGUCGGAGUGGCUCGUGGGCGACAAGUGCACCUAUGCUGAUCUGGCCUUUACCAUGUGGAACAUGCAGGUCGGCUACUUCAUGAGCAGCCGGACAGGCGAACAGGCAUGGAACCCGGAUGAGUUCCCGCACUUCACCAAGUGGCAGAAUGCCUGUCUGGGCCGUGCCAGCGUCCAGAAGGUCAUCAGCGUCCUCGGCGAGAAGGAAGUCAAAAGCGGCUAA